AUGUCGAAAGACCUCAGGGGACGUCGAAAGACCUCAGGGGACGUCGAAAGACCUCAGGGAACGUCGAAAGACCUCAGGGGACGUCGGAAGACCUCAGGGGACAUCGGAAGACCUCAGGGGACGUCGGAAGACCUCAGGGGGACGUCGGAAGACCUCAGGGGGACGUCGGAAGACCUCAGGGGACAUCGGAAGACCUCAGGGGACGUCGAAAGACCUCAGGGGGACGUCGAAAGACCUCAGGGGACGUCGAAUGGCCUCAGAGGACGUCGAAUGACCUCAGGGAACGUUGAAAGACCUCAGGGGACGUCGAAAGACCUCAGGAGACGUCGAAAGACCUCAGGGGACGUCGAAAGUCCUCAGGGGACGUCGAAAGGCCUCAGGGGACGUCGAAAGACCUCAGGGAACGUCGAAAGACCUCAGGGGACGUCGGAAGACCUCAGGGAACGUCGAAAGACCUCAGGGGACGUCGAAAAACCUCAGGGAACGUCGAAAGACCUCAGGGAACGUCGAAAGACCUCAGGGGACGUCGGAAGACCUCAGGAAACGUCGAAAGACCUCAGGGGACGUCGAAAGACCUCAGGGGACGUCGAAAGUCCUCAGGGGACGUCGAAAGGCCUCAGGGGACGUCGAAAGGCCUCAGGGGACGUCGAAAGACCUCAGGGGGACGUCGAAAGACCUCAGGGAACGUUGAAAGACCUCAGGGAACGUCGAAAGACCUCAGGGGACGUCGGAAGACCUCAGGGGACGUCGAAAGACCUCAGGGGACGUCGAAAAACCUCAGGGAACGUCGAAAGACCUCAGGGAACGUCGAAAGACCUCAGGGGACGUCGAAUGACCUCAAUGAACGUUGAAAGUCCUCAGGGGACGUCGAAAGACCUCAGGGGACGUCGAAAGACCUCAGGGGACGUCGAAAGACCUCAGGGGACGUCGAAAAACCUCAGGGAACGUCGAAAGACCUCAGGGAACGUCGAAAGACCUCAGGGGACGUCGAAAGACCUCAGGAAACGUCGAAAGACCUCAGGGGACGUCGAAAGACCUCAGGGGACGUUGAAAGGCCUCAGGGGACGUCGAAAGGCCUCAGGGGACGUCGAAAGGCCUCAGGGGACGUCGAAAGACUUCAGGGGACGUCGAAAGACCUCAGGGGACGUCGAAAGACCUCAGGGGACGUCGAAAGGCCUCAGGGGACGUCGAAAGACUUCAGGGGACGUCGAAAGGCCUCAGGGGACGUCGAAAGGCCUCAGGGGACGUCGAAAGACCUCAGGGGGACGUCGGAAGACCUCAGGGAAUGUCGAAAGGCCUCAGGGGACGUCGGAAGACCUCAGGGGACGUCGGAAGACCUCAGGGGACGUCGAAAGGCCUCAGGGGACGUCGAAAGGCCUCAGGGGACGUCGAAAGACCUCAGGGGGACGUCGAAAGACCUCAGGGGACGUCGAAAGACCUCAGGGGACGUCGAAAGACCUCAGGGGACAUCGGAAGACCUCAGGGGACGUCGGAAGACCUCAGGGGGACGUCGAAAGACUUCAGGGGGACGUCGAAAGACCUCAGGGGACGUCGAAAGACCUCAGGGGACGUCGAAAGACCUCAGGGGACGUCGGAAGACCUCAGGGGACGUCGGAAGACCUCAGGGGGACGUCGAAAGACCUCAGGGGACGUCGAAAGACCUCAGGGGACGUCGAAAGACUUCAGGGGACGUCGAAAGACUUCAGGGGACGUCGAAAGACCUCAGGGGACGUCGAAAGACCUCAGGGGGACGUCGGAAGACCUCAGGGGACGUCGAAAGACCUCAGGGGGACGUCGAAAGGCCUCAUGGAACGUCGAAAGACCUCAGGGGACGUCGAAAGACCUCAGGGGGACGUCGAAAGGCCUCAUGGAACGUCGAAAGACCUCAGGGGACGUCGAAAGACCUCAGGGGGACGUCGAAAGGCCUCAUGGAACGUCGAAAGACCUCAGGGGGACGUCGAAAGACCUCAGGGGGACGUCGAAAGACUCCAAGAUACAAAACAGGACAACCAAAGAAUAUAG